CAUCUUUGAGAAUCCGGAGAAAUACGAGCAGAUCAUCCAGGAGAUGAAGAUCGAAACCGCCUUGAUCACCAACAACUCCCCCUACGCCGAGGUCCGUGCCGUCGUCGACAACCACGAUGAUCCUACCAUGCCGUGCUCGACAAUCCGUGCGUGGGUUAUCGGUCUCUUCUUCUCCGCUGCCAUCUCGUUCAUCAAUGGAUUCUUCGAUAUUCGCCAGCCCAGCAUCUAUGUCACGUCCAAUGUCCCCCAGCUCCUCGCCUAUCCCGUCGGCAAGUUGUGGGAAAAGGUUCUUCCCGAUGUUGGCUUCACUCUCUUUGGUGUUCGGCAUACUCUCAACCCAGGCCCGUUCAACAAAAAGGAACAUAUGCUUAUUACCAUCAUGGCAAGUAUCUCAAAGGAUGUCCCGUACACCAACUACGUUGUCUGGAUGCAGUAUCUCCCAACCUACUUCAACCAGUCCUGGGCAAUCAACUUCGGCUACCAAAUCCUCAUCUCCCUGUCCACCAAUUUCAUCGGCUACGGUCUCGCCGGUCUCUGUCGAAGAUUCCUCGUGUACCCAUCCUACUGUGUGUGGCCCGCAUCCCUUGUGACGAUUGCCCUCAACACUGCCUUCCACAGCCAGGGCAAUAUUCCCGUGCUCGGCCCACUCAAGCAGGUCUGGCGGUGGUCGCGCCUCAAGUUCUUCGCCAUCGCAUUCACAGCCAUGUUCUUUUACUUCUGGUUGCCCAACUAUCUCUUCUACGGGCUGAGUUGGUUCAGCUGGAUGACGUGGAUUGCUCCCAACAACGUCAACCUGUCGGUCAUCACGGGCGGUUACAGCGGCAUGGGCCUGAACCCCUUCUCCACCUUCGACUGGAACGUCUUCAUCUACUUCCUUGAUCCUCUCAUGGUGCCAUUCUUCAGCACCUUCAAUUACUUCAUCGGCGCAUUCAUCACCUUCUUCAUCGUCGUCGCCAUCUUCUACGGUAAUGCGUACAAUAGCGCGUACCUGCCCAUCAACGACAACCACGUCUGGGACCACUUCGGACAGAGAUACAACGUGACGAGCAUCCUAGACGAGCGCGGUAUUUUCGAUGCCGAGAAGUACGAGGCUUACUCGCCUCCGUUCCUCGCGGCCGGCAAUAUCGUGGUCUACAUGUUCUUCUUCGCUGUGUACACGUCCACCAUCACCUACGGCAUUCUAUACCACCACCGUGAAAUCCGCAUGGGCUUCCGCGACCUGGUCAACAGCUUCCGCCCAUCCAAAAAGGAUGAGGUUGAGAGUGGCCAAGUCCUGGAUGUUCACAACCGCCUCAUGAAGUCGUAUGCCGAAGUCCCGGAGUGGUGGUAUCUGAUUGUUCUGGUUCUCGCUGUCAUCCUUGGUGUUGUUGGUAUCGCGGAGUGGCCGACUUACACCACUCCUGCUGUCGUCCCUUACGGUAUCGCACUAUGCCUCAUUUUCGUCGUCCCAGUCGGCAUCAUCCGAGCCAUGACCGGUGUAGAGGUGACUCUCAACGUCUUGGCCGAGUUCAUCGGUGGCUCCUGGGUCGAGGGCAACGCCCUGGCCAUGUGUUUCUUCAAGACAUACGGCUACGUGACCUGCGCCCAGGCUCUGAACUUUAGCAACGACCUGAAGCUCGCCCAUUACCUCAAGAUCCCCCCUCGCUUCACCUUCUGGGCCCAGAUGGUCCCGACUGUUGUCUCGACGUUUGUCUGUGUCGCCAUUGUCCAAUACCAGGUCCACCUGGACGACGUCUGCACCGACGACGCCCCUUUCCGGUUCUUCUGUCCCGGUAUCAACACCUUUUUCACCGCGGCCGUGCUUUGGGGCACCGUCGGCCCCAAGAAGAUGUGGGGUGCUGGUGGUCAGUACGUCGAGACGCUGGUCGGCUUCCCUCUGGGAGUUGUCGUUGUUGUCCUCUUCUGGUGGCUCGGUAAGAAGUAUCCCAAGAACAAGCUCAUCCGCAACACGCAUCCCGUCGUCAUCUUCAACGGCGGCCUCAUCUGGGCUCCCUACAAUUUCACCUACAUCUGGCCGGCUGUUCCUGUUGGCUGGUUCUCCUGGGUCUUCCUCAAGAAACGCUACCUCGGUCUGUGGUCCAAGUACAACUUUGUCCUCUCGGCUGCCUUCUCCGCAGGUAUCGCCAUUUCAGCUCUCGUCAUCUUCUUCGCGCUGCAGUACAGCAAUAUCGAAGUUACAUGGUGGGGCAACACCGCGCCUUUCGACGGCUGUGAGGGCAGCGGUGCCUGUGUCCUCAAGACCCUGCCUGAGGGCGAGUAUUUCGGACCUCGCAUUGGAGAUUUCCACUAGUUGUAGCGCGCUUAGGCCGGAAGGGUAUUUAUUCCUGAUAUCCAAGUUCGUUGUGUUAGUCUUGUCGUCGUAAGGGAGCACAUGCACGUCUAGUCUCUGCUUGGCGUACUGUGUUGCCUAUCAUGAUUGUCAUCGAAUGAAACAUUCGUUAUGAAAGCGUUCAGGUGGAGAGAUUUUGGAGUUCAUCGCCGUCGGUCUCUUAUUAUCUUGCCAACAAGGUCGUUGAUACUAUACUAGACCUAUUGAAUCGAGUACUAUAAGUGAGAUAGUCA